AUAUGUUGAUGUGCAUCACAUACUUGUGCAUAGACUUACACGCAAAUUCAUCCCGGCGGUAGUGCGCCUACACACUAAAGUGACUUUACGUAGGCUAGCAGACGAUCGACAGCACUGCCCGACUGUACGCAUCUUGCUUGUUUUUCUCGCGAUUUAUUCCAAACGGGCCAAAUGGAGAGGUGGACUGUUUAUCGUGGAGAUAUGGCAAUUUCUUGAGGAACAAUCGUGGAGAAAUUAAGCAAAAUGAAACGUCUUGUGAGGGUGCUGGACGGGCUCACGGCGGGGGUGGGAUCCAGCUCUUCUCCGAAAGAUUCAGAUGUUGUGGAAUCUCUGACACCGGAGCACUUCAAUGUAUGCAAGGUUGUUCGCCAUGGAUUCCCGUUUGAACCGACCGCCAUGGCAUACGACCCUGUCCAGAACAUCCUGGCCGUGGGAUCCAAGAACGGCUCAAUGAGAAUAUUUGGUAGACCUGGGGUAGACUGUCACGUGAGGCAUGAUUCCGACACAGCAGUCCUCCAGCUUAUGUUUCUAGUAAAUGAGGGGGCCCUUGUUAGUGUAUGUGCAGAUGAUAGCUUACAUCUAUGGAAUCUUCGUCAGAAAAGACCAGCAAUUCUUCACUCACUCAAGUUCAAUAGAGAAAGGAUAACAUACUGUGAUCUCCCUUUUCAAAGUAAAUGGCUAUACAUCGGAACAGAAAGGGGGAACGUCCACGUUGUUAACAUAGAAUCGUUUUCGCUUUCCGGUUAUGUAAUCAAUUGGAACAAAGCAAUCGAAUUAUCAAGAAAAACCCAUCCAGGUCCAGUUGUACAUCUUAGUGAUAACCCAGUAGAUGGAAAUAAGUUACUAAUAGGUUUUGAGACGGGUGCCGUGGUAUUAUGGGACCUGAAGACUAGAGUGGCUGAAUACCGGUAUAACUGCAGCCAGCCCGUCCGCAGCAUCGCCUGGCACUACGAGGGCAAGCAGUUUGUGUGCAGCCACAUGGACGGCACGCUCACGAUAUGGAACGUCAAGAACUGCAACAAGCCUGCCAAUAUCAUCUCUCCUCACGCCAAAGUACCUGCCAAAGGAUUAAAACCAGAGCCGUGCGCCCCCGUGCCCAAGGUAGAAUGGGCAUCUGUCAAAAGCGGGGACCCCUACAUUCUCUUUUCGGGUGGACUGACGUACGAGAAAGCCACCCAAACACCCAGCAUCACUAUUAUGCAAGGCAAGACCACCACCGUACUAGAAAUGGAACAUUCCGUCGUCGACUUUCUCACUCUUUGUGAGAAUCCAUGGCCGAGUAAUCCACAAGAACCUUAUGCUGUGGUAGUCCUGCUCGAGAGUGAUCUAGUGGUCGUUGACCUUUUAUCACCGGGGUACCCUUGCUUUGAGAACCCAUAUCCAAUGGAUCUUCACGAAUCUCCUAUAACAUGUGUACAGUACUAUGCAGAUUGUCCAUCGGAUCUUAUACCCGCUCUCUACUCAACUGGAGCAAAUGGCCUCAACAGGAAGAAAACAGCCUACAGUAAGAGGAAUUGGCCAGUGAAAGGAGGAGAGUGGGGGUCUGGUGGCAGCAGUGAUCAAGAAAUCAUCAUUACAGGGCAUGCAGAUGGCUCAAUCAAAUUUUGGGACGCAUCCCAGGUCAUGCUUCAAGUUCUAUACAAACUCAAGACUGCCAAGGUGUUUGAGAAAGCCAAGCAAGCCAAGACGCUGGAUGGCGACGAUGACCCCUUCGCUAUCCAGCUGGUCAAGCUCUGCUCGGAGAGUAGGAUGCUCUGUGUGGCCGGAGCCAGCGGUCAUCUGCUCCUCUACCGCUUCAGCAAGAUGGAGGCUUCAACUGAGCUACCGACACUAGAGAUCUCGAUAGUGUACGAGGCUGAGGAGCCCGAAACCCCAGAGACUGAGAUGCCCCCCAUGCCGAUCCAACCGGCACCCCUCAAGCGGAACACCAGCACGGUGAGUGCCAGCAGCGUGGCCUCGGCGACCCUCCCCUCCACGCCCAUCCAGCAGACGUCGACCACGCCCGCGCCAAGCCCCAUCAACCACCCCCACCAUCACCACCAGCACCAACACCAGCAGCAGCACCAGCAGCACCAGCACCACUCCCAUCAGACGGGCGGGGAGGGGCUGAGGGACAACGUGCCCAAUCUGAGGGUGAAGGGCGGGGCCCACAAGAGGGGGAUGGGCUUCCAGCCCUCGCUAUGUGUGCAGCUGCUCUGGGUGGACGGGGAACCCCCUCCGACCAUCACUUGCGUGGAGAUCAGUUCGGCGUAUGGCCUACUGGCUUUUGGGACCACCAACGGGCUGGCAAUUGUCGACUACCUUCAACGGACCUGCCUACUCAACAUGGGCACGCCCGACCUGUAUGGCUCAGCAGACCCUUACCAGCGCACCCCAAGAUCUCCGAAGAAGAACAAAUCGCAGCCGCAGGGCCUCGGCGACAUCGUUGAACAGUACAUGUCGGACCAGGAGAGGUGUAGGUCACCGGUUGGCUCCAGCAUGGCGGGAGAGUCGAACGGAGUAUGCAUCAGCCCGACCGGCAACAGUGCGAUGCGGGGCGGCGGCGGCGGAGGCGGCGGCGGAGUCAAGCCCCGCAACAACCACGACCCGUCUCAGCUCCGGCGCAGUAAGUCCCAGGGCUGUCGCAAGAUGAUGGCCAAGACGCAGUCCACCGUCUCGGACACCGGAGGACCCAAUGGGGAUGGAGGAGGUGGAGGGAGCGGAGGAGGAGGACCCAUGGGAGCUCCCAAAGUCAAUGGUGUCAGCCACCCUGAACACCCCGCAGACCCCCAUCAAACAUCACCUUGCCCCUCUACCCCACCCCAACCUCCCAAACAACCCCCUCCUCGACCCCCUCCACCCCGCCCCCCUCCUCCCAACACAUCCCCAUCCACCACAACCAGCGAGACCGCACACAAACCUGUCUCCGCCACCAAUUCUUUCUCCUCGACCACGACCCGUUCCUCUUCUUCCAAUUCCUUAUCUUCGAACCCCGCCCUUUCCCAAACCAACCAAUCUAGUGGUGACCCGCCCCCUCAGUCCGAUGCAUGUCACAAAAAGUCAUCUGUACCCCGGUUUCGUCUUCUGGUUGAGUCUGUCGUAGCAAGCAUAAGUGGCAAGCAUCGUAGUGAGGGCUCAUUCACGCGCUCACGGAGCUCCAGCAUGUCGAGCCUGGAGAAGGAGACUAGGGAGGGAGUCCAGAAUCUUGUAUUUUCAGAGUCCUACACAAGAAAAGAAGAAUCUGUGACUUGUCCAUGUCUAUGGGUAGGAACUACUCUAGGUUCAGUGCUUGGUAUCGUUGUAAAUCUUCCACCUCCUGGUGAACAAAGGCUAUCCCAACCGGUCAUCGUCACACCAAGUGGUACUGUAUUCAGGCUGAAAGGCUGCACAUUACACAUAGCCUUCCUAGACUGUAAUGGUCUUCAGGUCCCACCAGCAUGCGAUGUGUGGAGGGACCCCAACAAAGAAACCAGGGAAGGAAGAGAUAAAAAGCCGUUACUACAAAGAAGUCGAAUGUCUCCCUCAUCAUCCACGGAGAUAGCAGAUCGUCAGUUCGUCGUCAUCUGUUCAGAGAAAGAGGCUAAGGUAAUAUCACUACCUUCCCAGACUUGUGUGUACAGAACGAAAAUAUCAGAAUCAUCUUAUGUUGUACGCAGUGAUGUCAUCAGUAUGCAAAACAGCGUAUGCCUGGCAUGCUAUGUAGCAAAUGGUCAUAUUAUGACCUACAGUCUACCAAGCUUCAGGCUUCUACUAGACAAAGAAUACCUUCCACUUACAGAUCUCAGGAUCGGCAGAACAUUCCAAUUUAGCUCACACGGUAAAGGCUUGUAUCAAUGCUCACCCACAGAGAUACAAAGGUUUACAAUAUGCAGUGAAGCGAGUGAGAACCUUCAUGAUAUGCUAGGUGAUCUGUUCUUACCUGUUAACACACCAGAAGCACCUAGUAAGGGGUUCUUCAAGGGACUCUUUGGAGGUGGAGGAGGAGCGCUAGACAGGGAAGAACUUUUCGGUGAGACUGCGGGUAAACCAUCGAAGAGCGUUGCAAGACACAUUCCAGGGACAGGGGGACUCGAGGGGGUCAAGGCCCAGGCUGGAGGAGCCAUGGGAGAGGUCGCAAAGGCCAGAAUUGCAUUGUACGAGAGAGGUCAAAAGUUGAGCGAACUCGAAGAGAAGACAGCCCAGAUGAUGGCGAAUGCAGAGAACUUCCAACAGGCGGCUAACCAAAUCAUGCAAAAGUACAAAGACAAGAAGUGGUAUCAAUUUUAACACACUGCAGCUUGCACACCGGGGUAGGAUUUCAUUUACCACUUUUGUUAUCCCCGUCAUCGAGGAUCUUCGUUGCGGCGGUGGGCGCGAGGUUGACAUACGUGUAGCGUCCGCCCGGCGACGGAGCGGUGCGGGCAUUUUUCUUUGCGCGGUCGGACCGAGGAUUUGAGCGACAGAGCAUUUCACUUACCACUUCACGUCAGCGUCACGGUUUUUGUUUUCGAUGCAACUGCUUUUUUGAAAAACUGAGAGGAAGAGAGCUUUCGUAAAGAUGGUUGCAUUUAUCCGUUCUCUCUCGUAAAAAAUGAAGGAUGGAUCACGCAAGACGGUGAUGGACAAACUUCGGACGAUGAUUAGUAUUGUGAGUUGGAUGAGCUCAGGAGCAAAGACUUUCCAAUAAACACACGAUCACACACGCUUGCUUGCUCAGACAACCUGUUUUGUUGCGGGGGUGACUAAAGAAUGGAUGACGAGGUGGCGAAGGUAGGUGUGUUGCCAUGGUAACGAGAUGGAUGGUGGUUAGCAAUGUACCGAUGCAUGACUUGAUUAGCUGUCGAGAGAAGGAGCCAGAGCAUACACGCCGUCAGAUGGGAUUUACAGAGAGGGGAGUGAUCCAAAGCUGGAACAGCCAGCAGCCUCACCCUCUCUCAGUGCACGCUCUUACAAUUUAGCGAUUACAUUCACACAUGUCGGGUUUCAGGCAAUACGUGAGAUAGAUUUUGAGACGCAUUCCUCGCGGGACGACGACAACGCGGGGCAGUCUCGAUGGAAAUCCGUGAAUUCAAAGCUAGUCUGACUGAUGCAGUAGCUAUUCAGGAGAAGUAGGAUGUAUUAAUUAAAUCAUAGAUAAUGUUUGUGAUUGUUUCUAAGCAAAUUUUACGAAUGAAUACUUGGGUCCUGAUUUUCUUCCAAAGUAUAUAAUUGUAACAUGAUUCUGAAUGGAUGGUAGACUAGAGUCAGUGGUGUAACCCUAGAUAUUCCCAUAGUGUGCUUCUCUUUCCCCUAGUCAUAUACAAUAUCAUAUAUAUGUAAUUUAUAUACCAAAUUAUCACUCGAAACAAUGCAAAACAAAAACAAUUUUCAGAGUGAAAUUUUCAUUUCUCUUCUUCUCUCUCUCUCUCCCUCUCUGCCAUCUAAUCUCUCCUUUUUUUUUCUUAAUAAGUCGAAGGUCGUUGUAACUUCCAUUUUCAGCUCUGUUAUCUUCACAACUCGUAGAUGAAAUGGUUUUUGCUGCUAUUAUGUACAUUCCAUUAUGGUUCGGAAGAAUGGGAAUUUCUGUGCGGUUGAACAA